GAGCGCAGGCGCGAGGCCAGCCUCGCCAACGGCCCUGCGCGCAAGCGCACGCCGCUCGCCGCUCGCCGCCCGCCGCCUAUCCGCCGCCGCUUCUUCUCCCGGUCCCUCCAGCCGGCUUCGCCUCAGCCUGCGCUGCGCCCUUCCGGCGUGGGGCGUCGCCGCGUCGCUCCGCUUCCGCACGGCAACCCCGGCGUUCUGGCGGGGCGGUGCCGCCGGAGGAGCCUCGGUGAUGGCUGCCUCAGCGUUUUGUUGCCUGCGGUGCUGCAGGGACGGAGGGACGGGGCACGUCCCUCUGAAGGAGAUGCCGGCCGUGCAGCUGGACACGCAGCACAUGGGAACAGAUGUUGUCAUCGUAAAAAAUGGGAGGAGAAUAUGUGGAACCGGAGGUUGUUUAGCCAGUGCACCUUUGCAUCAAAACAAGAGCUACUUUGAAUUCAAAAUUCAGUCCACAGGAAUCUGGGGUAUUGGUGUUGCAACUCAGAAAGUUAACUUGAAUCAGAUUCCUCUUGGCCGAGAUGUGCACAGUUUGGUGAUGAGAAAUGAUGGAGCCUUGUACCACAACAACGAGGAGAAAAACAGGCUGCCAGCAAACAGCCUUCCACAGGAAGGAGACGUGGUGGGUAUUACAUAUGACCAUGUAGAACUGAAUGUAUAUUUGAAUGGAAAAAACAUGCAUUGCCCAGCAUCAGGCAUACGAGGGACAGUGUACCCAGUUGUGUAUGUUGAUGACAGUGCAAUUUUGGAUUGCCAGUUCAGUGAAUUUUAUCAUACUCCUCCACCUGGUUUUGAGAAAAUAUUAUUUGAACAGCAGAUCUUCUAAAUGUGUUUGUUUUGAAACUUGUAUUUCUGUACUUUGAAAAGUGUUUACUGUUUAAUAAAGCUUUACCUGAUCUAUAGAUAAAAAUAUAUUCUUAAACAUAUGCUUGUUAAUGUUGUGGAAGGAACCAGUGUAUUCAGGAUAGCACCUGAAGUUGUAAUUAAAAACACCUAAUGUUUUGUGAUAUGGAAUCAGCAUUUUGGGUAGUUUAUUUAAAUCUUAUUUAAAUAAAAAAAACUAUGGGUUUAAUUAACAGUAUUAAGUGGAAAUAUGUAUACAGAUAUUUAAAGAGAAUCUCUCUUACAUAAAGUACUUGUUUUUAUAGAAGUGUAGAGUUGGGCAGUUUAUUUUUGUCACUCUGAUGUCUAGCCUUCAUCAAGUAUUUUAAGUCUGCAGUCCAAUAGCUUUGUGUCUUUGUCCUUUUUAUAUAGAGUGUAAUAAAGUGACAGAAGAUACAGUAUUGACAACCUCAUUUUUGAUGAUUCAUUUACUGUAAAAUACACCACUUUUUCAACUUUAAAUUGCUGAUUUUGUUUGUAUGUCAUUGCUUUUGAUUGUCUUUGUAAAAAGAGAUAAAUGUUUUAGUAAUUAUCAGCAUUUUUUUGAAGACCAUCUUGCUGUGUUACUUCAGUACCAGGCUGAGUAGUGGUUGAUGGGUGACGCAGAGUACACUGCCAGACAUUUAGAAUCGUAGAAUGCUUUCAGUUUACAUGUAAAGGAGAUUAUCCUUUUAAGGACUUAUUUAAGUGUGUGUUUUUCUGUAAACAAUAAUAAAAUAGUAGUAAUUAA